UUUUGUCAGCCCUAAAUCAAUGGAAAAUUGAAACCCUAAUCUUCACCCAAUAGUGUUUUGCCAUAUUUUUCUAUUAUCCAAUAAAAUUUUGACACACCUAGGUUUCCAUUGAUUCUAGGUUUACAUGUUUACAUGGCUUACUAGAAGGUUUGAUGUCUAUGAUACUGAUAAAGUGACAAAUGGUAAACUAGAAACAUGCAUUGGGGCCCAGAAGGAUAUAUAUUUCUUUUUUCUCAAUUUUUUUUUCAUUUGAGAAGUUUCUUUCUCUCUCUUCUCUCUUUCUCAUACGCUCUCUCUCUCUUUUCUCACCAUCUAAUGUUGUUCAUGAUGAACAACAAGAACACCAUGCAUGUUCAUCCCCAUACCCAGAUUCCGGCGAGCAACCACCGUCGCCGGAAAGUCCAAUCACUUCCAUCUCUUUUUUCCCUCAACCGUUCUUAAUAUCUCCCUGCCCUCAUCAUCUCGUCCUUCACCACCGCAUCCACCACAACCUCCACCGCCACCUACAAAUCAAUCUCCGAAUCAGAACGUCCUAUCCGCUUCCGGUGAUGCCGCCGUCAUCAGAAUCACGUUAUUCUUCCUCUCAGGUCUGAAUUGUGCAGAGGCAGUCAAUUUUGCUCCAGCUGACUGGCUACCACACGGUUCAUUUGGAGCUGAUCUCUAUAAGCAGUUUCACAAAACAGGUGUCUUGUCUCAUGAGGAGCUUCUUUGUGUAGUAGCCCAGGGUUGGAGAAGUGAGAUGCAGAGGAACUGGAUUGGUUGUCCAACAAUGAUACUUAGUUCUAAGGAUCCGAGACUGUAUCUUCACUUGGCGCCGGAAUUUGCUCACUACAAGGGAAAUCACACUUAUGUGCAUGCGACAAGAAAAGGAUAUUGGCAGUUUGAUAUGGGAGAUGUAAUUAUUGAUGGUAAAUCCACCGGAUAUAUUGUGUUGAUGGCUGUGCGGCCAUUGCUGACUCGGGGACUUAUUUGUUGGCGGUUCGAAUGGUAUGAAUAAAUGGCCUGUAGAUAUAGAUCGAUAUUUAGCUUUUUCUUUUUCUUUUUUUUUUGACAGUGGAGUUUGAUAGAUUGUUAGAUUUGCCACUGAUGAAAAUUGGAAAGGAACUGUUAGAUGGGAUAAUGACUACUCCUUUCUAUUUCACUUUAAAUUGUUUUCAAUUUUAACAUGUUAUACUAUAUGCAGCACUAUGAUUGGUUCUUUAAUGAUACAGUGUAUCUUUGUUGGGGGCUUCAAAAAUUGAAAAUUUGUAUUCUAUUGUUCAAUUCCAACUCACCAAGUUUGCGAAAUCCAAACCAUUUGCAAUUGUUUGCAAUUGUAAAAUUUUUGAUUUUUAGUAACUGUGUUUUGUGUAAUGGUACAGAACAAACGUGAACCAAAAGACUUGUGGCAGGAACCUUUGGUCCCUGCUUCUUCUUGGACACCAUGUUUUGAUCAGCAAAGUUGGGAACCUAAUGGUAUGUGUGUCUGAACUUUGAAAUUUGACGAUUAUUAUCAUGAUUCAUGUCUGUGCAUAACUACAAUUACAAAUAAAGAAAGGCUUAUUGGUCCAUUAUGAGUACUCACAGUUUGCUUUCUUCUAUUGCACUACUUCAAUAGAGGGAAGUAAUGGAUACAUUUUGGUUACUGCAAAUGGUGGGAUCAACCAACAACGGGUAGUUGUAAGUGGUCUUUGUCUGACUGAUAUUUUUUACGAUGACGGUUUAGAAUUAUUUAGGAUUAAUUUAUUUGAAAGGGAAAAAACAUAACAAGUUUUGUCUUGAAUGAUUUUAGUGUCAUUUGUGCUGAUUAUGAGUUGCAACAGGUUUGUAAUGCUAUCGUUGUUGCUUGCAGGUAGUACUAAGUUGAAAGUUGAAACUAAUCUUUAAGAAGAUGUCAUGGCAGCCAUGGUUCUCAAAUAACAGGUUCACUUCUAAGUAAUUUGCUAGAUGUGGUUGAGGAGGUUCAGUUAGCUCGGGUAGAGAUUAGAAAUUUUGUCCAGGCUAAGUUCAAUUCUCAUUCAGGUAGGCAAAUUUCCUCUCUACUCUAAAUGUUAUACCAUGUGCCAAUGUCUUAAAAAUCAGAUGGGGGCAGUCAUUGAAUCGGUGAAAGAUCUAUUCUCAACUACAUGUAAACGUUUCCGUAGGAUUUAGCUGUUGAAUCGAGAUUUAGGCUUAUUGUGUUACGUUCAGUAUCUGAGAAUUUGAUUGAAUGCAUGAUUUUAGUAGGCUCUGGCUUAAAGAGUGUGGAGAUUUUUUGUUAUUUAAUUAUCUAUUAUAUUUAGGAUUAGGAUUUGGAUGUGAUAACUAUUAGUUCUAAAAUGACAGUGUAUUAGGCAUUUUUAAGUAGAAUGGCAAUUUCAACUUGAUAUGCAUUAUUUUGUGUAUUUUAUAUUUGUUGUUAGUUCGUUACUUAAGAUGAGUACUUUUUUGCAAUUUUGUAAUUUUGAAAAUAUUGACAUGAUUCUGGAACUUGGAUAGAAAUGCCAACAAGUUCUUCAUAUUAAGCAAUCAAGUAGUGUUGUCCGCAAACUGGCGUGAUCAUCCCUUUUGAAUUAUUUUGAGUGGUGUUCUUUCGUAUAUAUGUCCAUCGUUUAUUGAAAUUGUUGAUCAUUUUGGAUUUUAUAUACGGCAACUUCAGUUUGGUUUCAUAUUUAAGGUUUUGAUUGGUUUUCUUCUGUUCUAUUAACCGAUUGGUGCUUAUGGGGAAAAACCACUUAAAAGUUUGUUUUGAAAGAUUAAUUAAUUAUUCUUUUUGUUUGGGGUUGAUCUUGGAUAGAAUCAACUCUUGUGCAGCAGACUAUGUAAUGUAUAUGCCAUCAUGAUAUAGUUUGUAUGAUAAUUACGUUUGAUAUAGUUUUGGUUUGUGUUUUUUGUUCAACUUAUGGUUCUUGGUUUGUGAGCUUAAACCUCUCUGCUUCUUAGAUAAUGAGAUUGGUGCUUGUAAGUUUUGUGAUUUGGUUAUUAGUUUUCAUUGCCAUCUGGAAAAUGGAGGCAGUGAUAGGGAUAUCACUGUAGCAAAGAAUUAACUGCUCUUCAUAUUCUUAUAGUUUAUGGUGUGAGAUUUCAAUGGACAAUGAUUAACUGCUCUUCAAAUUCAGCCUUAUAAUAUUUACAUUGUUAAUAUUAAUUCAGCCUUAUGAGAUUUGUUUUCAAACUUUCUGAUUGUUAGUAUUUUAUGCAUUUGCAAUCCAAUUUAUACCUAAUUACCAUUUUCAAUUAAUUCAAUUUUAUUACAUUCUUCUUUUUCAUUGAAUUUUUAUUUUCCAGUUUUUUAAUCAUCAUAUUUGUUGUACCUCACGAUUGCAGCUUUGUAUAUGAACUUGAUAAUUGGUAUAUUCUUUUUUACAGUUUCUUUUUAUGAAUGGCUUUGCAACUAUUGAGAAAUCGCGCCACAUCGUCGACAUUCAAUUUGUUCUCCAAUGCUAUUCGCCGUUUCUCUUCUGGGCGAGUAACGAGAAUGAAGUUGGAAAGUUGUUAUUAACUAUUGUUGAGAGAAUGUAGCAAGAUUAGCAAUGCCAUGAUGAAGGAGUGACUUGCAAUGUUUUCCCUUAGCAUUCUGAUUUACAAGGAUUGGAGGAUGUAAAAUCCAAAGCAAAUCAUUUUCUUCACACGAUGGAGUGGAGCUGUGUAUGAAAAAGAAAAGUUAAAAAAAAAAAUUUCAUAUACCUUUUUUUUUGUAGAAGCUUUUCAUAUAUAUUUUAAUAUUAAAAUUUUUCUACUGUAUUUAUUUUCUUCAUUAUAGAAGAAGGCCAUAUAUUUUCAAGGAUGGACGUUUAAGUCAAACCAGUUCUCUAAGCUAGCAUUUGAAAAUAAAUUAUCAGUUGAAGAGAAUUCUAUUAUCCGACUAAUUUGUAAUUUGGAGAUAGUUUGUAUCAGAAAAUCGAUUACUUAUUUGUACAUUUCGUUUUGAUUAUGUAAUUGGAUAUCUUAUAAUACUUAAA